GAUUAAUGAGUCCGUUGUUUUAAAAAUGACGAUAAGUAGUCUAGGUUUGUUUGUGAUAUCCGUUCUGAUUGCUGAAGGACAAGGGACGCCGAAAAGGUUCCCAGAUGAUUUUAAAUUCGGUGUAGCGACUUCUUCGUAUCAGAUAGAAGGGGGUUGGAACGACGAUGGUAAAUCAGAAAGUAUAUGGGACCGCUACGUCCACGAAAAUCCGGGAAGGAUUUACAAUAAAAGUAAUGCUGAUAUAGCUUGUGACUCCUAUCACAAAUCAGAUGAAGACGUAGAAAUGAUAAAGACGUUGGGAGUUGAUUACUAUAGAUUUUCUUUGUCAUGGCCGAGGAUACUCCCCUAUGGUACAACAGACUAUGUGAACCAAAAAGGCGUCGAAUACUACAGGAACCUGAUCAAAAACCUGAAAAAGAACAACAUCGAGCCCAUGGUAACUCUGUUCCACUGGGACCUGCCACAAACUCUUCAAGAUCGAGGUGGGUUCCUCAAUGAGAAAAUCGUCGAAUGGUUCAGGGAUUAUGCUAGGCUGUGUUUCCAGCUCUUCGGUGAUGACGUUAAGACAUGGAUCACAUUCAAUGAACCGAAGCAGACUUGUAUGAUGGGGUACGGACUGGCAAUUUUUCCACCAAGAGUGUCCGGUCAUGGUAUUUUAGAAUACAAAUGCACCUACUACCUUUUGAAAGCUCACGCUGAAAGUUGGCAUGUAUACAAUGAGGAGUUCAGACAACGACAAAAAGGAAGAAUCUCAAUAGUGGUAGAUUUCAGUUGGUGGGAGCCGAUGGUAGCUAAUAAUACUAUGUUCAUUGCAGCGGCCGAAUCUGGUAUACAGUUUAUGUCUGGUAUCUACGCUAACGCUAUCUACCUAGGAGAUUGGCCUGAAAUUGUCAAACAAAGAGUAAAUGAACGCAGCAGAAAAGAAGGUAAAACAGUAUCUCGUUUGCCAGCAUUUACCGAGGAAGAAAUUGCAAGAAUUAGAGGAACGUACGACUUUUUCGGAGUAAACUUCUACACCAGCGUUCUGGCUGUUCCAAAUCCGAUACCGUUACCUUCGGGAAUUCUGAACGAUAGGGGUUGCCUUUCGUUCCAAAGUCCUAAAUGGGAAGGAGCAGGGUCUAUUUGGCUCAAGGUUACACCAUGGGGUUUGAAAAAGCUACUGAAAUAUCUCAAAGAAACAUACAACAAUCCAGAAAUCAUUAUAACUGAGAACGGAUACAGCGAUACUGGAGAACUUGAAGACGAUAAAAGAAUCAGCUACAUAAAACAACAUCUCGAGGUAAUAUUAGAAGCUAGAGAAGAAUUUGGGGUCAAUGUAACCGCCUACACUGCAUGGAGUUUGAUGGACAAUUUCGAAUGGAUAAUCGGAUACAGGGAUCGAUUCGGACUGUACCACGUAGACUUUACGGAUCCUGAACGUAAGAGAACUAUCAAGAAAUCAGCGCUUUAUUAUAGAGAUGUUAUCAAGUCUCGAUGUGUCGACGGAAAAUGCGAAUAACUGGAAUUUAGAGGAACAUUUUGUCAAAAUGUCCGAUAAUGUUCAGUAUCAAAUGCAUAGUCAUUAAGUUCUGUGGAACUUUAAAACUAGUUUUAAGAACUAUUGUAUCAUAUAGAUCGAUCUGUAAUAAAAAUUUAACGCUGUGUUAUCAACGUUAUGCUGAUUCACACGAUUUGUAAAUAAAAUAUACUUGUAAUGAAAUAAAAAUGUUCAGCA